AUGAAAGAUAUGGAGACUCGAAUGAGCCAAAUGACAACGGCCAUUAAUCACAUGGAGUCCCACAUUUAUGAAAAAUUGCCAUCGCAACCCGAGGCAAAUCCCAAGAAUGUAAGUGCCAUGACACUGAGGAGUGGCAAGGAAGUGGAGGGACCUAAAGUGAAAAAUCUGAAAAGCAAAAAUGAGGAGGAGAUAGAAAAGGAGAUUGAAGAGGAAAGGUUGGAAAAGACAAAGAAGGCAGAGAAGAAAAAAGAGCUUUUGGAUGUGUUUCGAAAAGUGGAGAUCAAUAUCCCAUUAUUGGAUGCAAUCAAGCAGAUACCGAAGUACGCCAAAUUUUUUAAGGAUCUGUGCACUCACAAAAGGAAGUUAAGAGGUGACAAAAAAGUGGCGGUGGAAGAAAAUGUGUCGGCUGUACUCCAAAGAAAACUCCCUUCCAAGUGUGGAGACCCAGGCACAAGUAUUAUUAUCCAACUAGCAGACCGUACCAACACUUAUUCAGAGAGGUUAGUUGAAGAUGUUUUGGUACAGGUCAAUGAGUUAGUCUUUCCUGCAGAUUUCUAUGUCUUGGACAUGGGGGAUGAAAGGUCAUUAAGUCCGUUCCCUAUUUUGUUAGGUAGACCAUUUUUAAGCACUGUUAGGACAAAAAUAGAUGUGAAUGAGGGUACUUUGUCAAUGAAAUUUGAAGGAGAAAUUAAAACGUUUGAAUUGGAUGGGGAGGAUGCACUGGUACUGAUUUUGGCCAAACAUCUUGAGUUGGGAGCAGCGCUUGAUAUAGAAAUAAAUGAUGAGUUAUACCGUGCGGUUGAAGCUCUGCAUUUGCUUCCGCCAAUUUUUUCGAGAGACAAGGAGACACUAUCGGUGAUAAUUUCUGCACACCUGUCACCAGGUCAAGAAAACAACCUGAUUCGUUUUCUUAGAGAUUAUAAGGAGGCGAUUGGGUGGAGCAUAGCAGACAUCAAAGAAAUUAACCCAUCCUUAUGCAUGCAUCGGAUACGACUUGAAGAUGAUGCAAAGCCGUCCAUGGGUAAUUCCAGUUUAAGUAGUCCCGAAAAAGGCGGGAGUAACUAUAGAAGAGAACCAGGAGGGCGAGAUGGUCCCAGUGAGAAAACCCAUAGGGUAUUUCCAGAUCGCGAUAGCACCGGAGGAUCAAGAGAAAACUACAUUCACCUGCCCGUUUGGUACGUUUGCCUACCGGAGGAUGCCUUUCAACCUCUGCAAUGCUCCAACAACCUUCCAAAGGUACAUGGGUUCUAUAGGAGAUUCAUCAAAGAUUUUUCAAAAAUUAGAGCACCCUUGUUCAAAUUGCUGCAAAAGGACACGACAUUUGAUUUCACCAAUGAGUGUAAGGCGGCAUUUGACAAAUUGAAGGAGUCAUUAAUAUCACCGCCCAUCAUUCAAACCCCAAACUGGAGCCUCUCAUUCGAAAUUAUGUGUGACGCAAGCGACUACGCAGUGGAAGCAGUGUUGGGGCAAAGAAUUGGCAGGGUGGCACAUGCAAUCUACUAUGCAUCAAAGGUGUUGAACGGAACUCAGCUUAACUACUCUACAACAAAAAAAGAAUUACUAACUGUUAUUUUUGUAUUAGAAAAAUUUAGACCUUAUUUAUUAGGUGCAAAAGUAAUAGUUUUCUCUGAUCAUGCAGCCUUGAGGUACUUGAUGACUAAGAAGGAUGCAAAACCAAGGCUCAUCAGAUGGAUCCUGCUCCUGCAAGAGUUCAACUAG